CUUAAAACUCACUGUUACAUAACACAUGACACCAAUGCACAUAGCAUAGGCACCAAAGACUAGUAGCCUUUCAUCAAUAGGGUGAGUUGGUGAGUUAGUGAGUGAGUGAGUCAAUCCAUUUCCCUCACAAAGUUCAAGCUCAAACCUACCUUCAUGGAUGUCUCUACUCACAAAUUCUUCCAAUCUCCAUCUGUAUUGGCACCACUUGGGGAGCCAGUACCUAUUGAAUCCAACAUGAGUAGCUUGUAUGGGAAGAACAAGAACAGUAACCCUUUUGUAGAUGAUGACUUCCCUGACCCACUUUGCAAGCUCAAUCUCAAGGAGACUUCUGAAUUUGUCAAGUCAUUUCCAGUGCCAAAUGCUAAUAAUGAUGAAACCAGAAGCACCAUUGUUGAUGUUUCAGCUCAGAGAAGAGAACAACAACAAAGGAGAGUAGCAUUAGAGGCUCCUGCAACACCUGGUAGGCCAUUUUUCAGCUUCACAACCAUUGGAAGGAACCUUUCAAGAAAGAGCAUUCCUUCCAAAUGGGAUGAUGCUGAGAAAUGGCUCAUGAGCAGUUCAUGCCAUGACUCACCAGCACAUGUGAAUGCUGUGAAUGUGAAUGUGAAUGUGAAGAAGGUAUCUGAAUCUGAGUCCUCAAAAAUGGAGUGUUUCUCAGACAAGUCAAGGGUCACAGUCACUGAGGAAAGGGACUCAAAAGCUGCCCCAAACUUCAGAAGGUCUUCAUCUUUGGACCACCAAAACAUGUUUGGUGCUUUCAAUGGGGUCUCAUGCCCAACAGACAUAGUACUAAAAGAUAAGUUCACUGAGAGCAUAGAGCCAAUUUUGCCAAGUUUCAGAUACUCAGAGCCAACUAAAGAAGGAUUCUUAUUUAGAAACAAUGCUGGGGAUGCAAUGAAAGAUGCUUGCACAGAAAUGGCUUAUCAUCAUCAUCAACAACAACAAAAUGAGAUUCAACACAGAGAUGUUGGGACUGAGAUGACACCUCUUGGAAGCUCCACAACUUCAAGGUGCCAUACACCAAUCAAGAGUUCAUCCCCUCAGAGGCACAAUACUCCUGAAAGUAGGUCAGGACCAUUGGCUAUGGCAAACACCAAUAGGACUACCUGCAAUGAUCUUAUUCAGCUUGAAGAGUGCCAUUUUUCCAAAUUGCAACUGGGGACACAAUAUGACUUGGUUACUUCAAAUUGGAGCUCAAGUGGAGAAGAAGAAGAGGAAAUAUCAAAGAGUUUGAGGCAUAAUGGUAGCAAGAAAGGUGAUCCUGAAUACAGGGCUGCUACAUGGGAAGAAGAGGAGAAGACUAAGUGCUGUCUCAGGUAUCAGAGAGAAGAAGCAAAAAUUCAAGCUUGGGUAAACCUACAAAGUGCUAAAGCAGAAGCACAAUCCAAAAAGCUUGAGGCAUGUUUCUUCCUCGAGCCACCAACCAACUCAUGGUCAUGGAUACCAUUCUCAUUAUUAUUAUUCUUAUCUUGUUGACUGGUCUAUGGUCCACGUAGGAUUCCUCCUCAAUUAAAUAAUAACAUAAUCAUGGU